AUGGCUGAAUCGAUAGCACAGACUCACACGCUACCUGUCGCGACCCGGGACAAUGGCAGCGACUUUUACAACACGCCCGUGGCUACCGGGUCCCCCGCCUUGAAGGGGGAGAGCAAGGAGGAUGCGCCAGUAAAUGUCGAGGAACUUGAACCUUCGAAGCAGCCGGCGAUGAUCCCGGGACUGGGUCUAGUCCAGCCGAGCUCGCACGUGCCAGUCGUCAACGGCCAGCCUGUCUCUCAGACUACAGAUGUCAAAAUGACCGACGAAGACUCAAAAGAGACGGCACCGGAAGUGGCCAAACAAGAACCAAAUGGAGAGGAUCUGGUAAAGAGCGAGCCGGCCGAAGCAAUGGACGUCGACACCAAGACAACGGAAGCAGCACCGGACAACACUCAGGUGACUGAACAGCCAGAGGAGGAACAAGAGGGCGAGCAUCCAGAGUGGGAGGUUGACUCGUCACCUUACGAGUCGUCUUCAGAUAGCUCUACUUCUUCGGAUUCCGACGAUAGCGACGAUGAAGACUACCCGAUCCUUAGCCCGGAAGAACAAGCGCGGAUCCUGAUGCUAGCUGAAGGCGGCUCGGACGACGAGGGAGAAGGGAAGGGGAAGUCGGGUGGCUAUAUCAGGUCGACCAACGAAAUCGUCGAAGAUGUCCUUCCGGUUCCAGACGUCAAAAUCACACCCGAGAUGAAAAUUGUGCACUUAGGCAAGAUCCAGACCGUUGUUGAGAAUGCGCUUCUCAUCGAGGCCAACACCUCCGGAGAAUAUCAGGUUCUCGAGUCCGGUUCUUUGCUUUGUCUCAAAGAUUACACCAUUGUUGGCGUCGUAUCGGAAACCUUGGGGAGAGUGGAAAACCCCUUGUACACGGUCAUGUUUUCCUCGGCCUCGGAGCCGCAAGAGAAGGGCCUGACGAAAGACAUGGAUAUCUACUAUGUUGAGGAACACUCUACAUUUGUUUUCACCCAGCCGCUCAAGGGGAUGAAGGGAAGUGACGCCUCCAAUUUCCACGAUGAGGAGAUCGCCGAAGACGAAAUCGAGUUCUCCGAUGACGAGGCAGAGGCCGAAUACAAGAAGAGACUGAAGCAGAAACGACAGGAGAGAAAGGAGGCCCGGGGCGGCGGUGCCGCCAGAGGCAAGAGAGACCGGCCAGGUCCCUCGAAACUGAGUCAUUCCGAGCUCAAUUACGAUGAUGAGAGAGGCCAGGAAGGAUACACUCCUCUUGCUCGCCCGAAGAAUCUUCACGAGAUGAUGGGACCGCGCGAGGCACCCGUCGAAGGAAGUGAUCGCAACCCUGCUUUCCGUGGCGGCCGGGGUCGUGGUCGAGGUUCUGACCGUGGCCGAGGCGGUCGUGGCCGAGGCGCUGGACGAGGACGAGGAGGGGGAGGAGGAGGGGGCUCCUGGAAUCAAGACCAGGGCCGACCUCAAUACGGGGAUGCUCAGUCUCAGCCUCCUGGCUACGCGCCCCAAGCGUAUCAGCAACAGCCUGCGUACGGCAUGCCCCAGCCUUUCGCCGCCUAUGGGCAACAGCCCCAGCAGCCGCAGCCGUUUGCCCCUGGUGCUGCUCCGACGCAGUUUCCCUUCCAAUUCCCCUUCCAGCAAGCCUUCCCACAGCAGCAGCAGUCCAAUUCCUUCCCCUCCAUUCCUCACGGGGCUCAUAUCAAUCCUCUGUUCUUGGCAGCCCUGCAACAACAGCAGCAGCCUCAGCAAUAUCAGCAACCUCAGCAAUACCAGCAGCCUCAGCAGGCUCCAGGACAGACUCAGGCGCAAAACCCGCCUAUGAACUUCGACCAGGUCAAAGCGCAAUUGGAACUGCUGCGUAAUCUCAGCAAUGGGAACCAGGGGCCUCCUCCGUCGUAA